ACUAGUUCUCCAUAAACCUGUUCAUCCGAUAUCUAGACAACUUCGUUCAAACCCAUCAAGCUUUUUUUUCAGAUUUAAGUUCCCAAGAAAAAAAAAAAACAAUUCCAAGAGAAGAAAAUCACAAGGCGGGAUCAGGCGGGAUAAUUCUCUCUAAAUCUCAAAUUCAAAUUUCAAAAACCCCAAAUUAGUUGAUUAAUUAACUUCCCGAAUCUCAAAAUCCAUCCCCCUUCUUAACGAAACCCUAAGAGAGAGAAAAAAAAACAAAGAGGAAAUUUUUGAAGGACAGAGAAAUUAUUAGGUUAACAAUGGAAGAAGUAGAUAUUGAUGUUGGUAAAGAGAAUGGUGAAGAAGAACUCGAGGAGGAUAAUGGUGAAUGUAAACCUCCGUUGGUUUACCAAUCGAAAAGAAAGAAAUCUGAGGAGGAUUUAGGAGGUAAUGGUGAAAUCAAUGAAGAAGAAGAUGGUGAAAUUGGCCAGCAGAAGAAAAGGAAUAAGUUGAAUGAGACUACGGAAAUAGAUGGUAAGGAGGUAAGGAGAUCUAGGCGUUCGAGUAUUAAACCAGCCGGGACGUAUACUGAGAUAACCAGUCUUCCUAGAGAGAAGAAAAUCAGAGAGAAGAAAAUCAGUGUUCCUAGAGAGAAGAAAGUUUCCAAAGUAGUACCUGAUACUCCUCUCGUCAAUGGAAAAAAAGUGUGGAUUAAAGAAGGGAAUAAGAAGAAGUGUCUUACAAUCAUUGAUGGAGAAGUUAAAGAAUCCAAUAUGUGCCAUCAGUGCCAAAGGAACGAUCGACCAGGGGAAGUCGUUCGCUGCAAAGUUUGUCCAAAUAAGCGGUUUUGUCAGCCAUGUAUAAAGAAAUGGUAUCCUGAUGUCUCACUAGAGUCGCUUGCAGCGGCUUGCCCUGUUUGCACUGGAAUAUGCAACUGCAAAAAUUGCUUGCGUGUGUACUUAAAAUCAGUGGAGGCCUCAGAAAGGAAGAUAGGACCUGAAGAAAAGGUCGAGUACUCUAAAUAUUUGUUGAAACAUCUUCUUCCGGUGCUGAAACAGAUUAACCAAGAACAAGUAACUGAAAGGCAGGUUGAAGCUACUAUUCAAGGAUUAUCACCAUCAAAAGUAAAUGUAAAGAAUGCAGGUUGUGAUGAUGACGAGCGCAUGUAUUGCAACAACUGCCAAACUUCUAUAGUUGACUAUCACCGGAGCUGCUCAAACUGUAGUUAUGAUCUUUGCCUUACCUGUUGCCGAGAGAUUCGUGAUGGUUCCUUUCAAGAGGCUGGAGAGGAAGUAAAAUUGAAGUUUGUCAACAAAGGGAAUUCGUACAUGCAUGCGGAACCUGAAGAACCUCUGAAAGGUACAUCAAGGUCAAGAGCGAAACUAGAGGCAGAUAAAUGCGCUAAAUCAAUUGAUGAGAACCCGAAAAAUUGUGAUGUGGUUCCUGAACCUGACGAUGUCCUUGAGGAUAAUGUGAAGCUAAUGUCUGAGUGGAAAGUGAUGGAUGAUCAUAGCAUCCCUUGUGCAUCUUGCGGUUCUGGUCUUCUAGAACUGAAAUGUAUUCUUCCAGAAAAUUGGGUGUCUAAGUUGGAAAAAAGUGCAGAUGAUAUAGCAGCAAAAAUGUUUGAUGAUCCAGUGACUGCCGCAGAGACUUGCUCCUGUUCCAACCCAGUUGGCGAUGCAGAUAUUAACAACGAUAAUAUACGGAGAGCUGCUUCCCGAGAAUCGAAUGACAACUAUUUAUAUUGUCCAACUGCAAGAGACAUACAACACGGAGACCUGGAGCACUUCCGGAAGCACUGGUGCAAAGGCGAGCCAGUGAUUGUUCGCAAGGUGAAAGAACUCUCCUCUGGCUUAAGCUGGACGCCCUUGGUUAUGUGCAAAGCAUUACGUGAGAAAUCUAAUUCAAGGGUGAUGGAAGGUGAAGCUCACUUGAAGGUGACAGCUAUGAAUUGUAUGGAUUGGUGCGAGGGUGAGAUUAAGAUACAAGACUUUUUCAAAGGCUAUUCAGAUGGUCGUAUGCAUCCAAACAUGUGGCCGGAGAUGCUCAAACUGAAAGACUGGCCUCCUGCUGAUAUGUUUGAGGAGUGGUUACCGCGCCAUUGUGUUGAAUUUGUCAGUGCAUUACCCUAUCAACAGUACACGCACAUAAAGCGUGGAUUUCUUAAUCUUGCUACCAAGCUGCCACCAACAUCGUUGAAGCCAGAUUUAGGUCCAAAGACAUACAUUGCCUAUGGACAUGCGGAAGAGCUUGGUCGAGGUGACUCUGUUACCAAACUUCACUGCGACAUGUCUGACGCGGUGAACGUGUUGGCUCACAUGCAUGAGGUAUCUCUAAAGGAUGAACAGCUUGAUAAGAUACAAGAAGCGAAAAAGAGGCACAUGGCCCAGGAUAAGAAAGAAAAUGAGGACUAUGCCAAGUUUCAUCAUACAGAUUUAGCUAAUAGUACUGAAGUGGGAAAAGAAUGUAAUGUUUUUGAGUCUGAAAAUUAUUCUAAAAGUUCUGGUGGUGCUCUCUGGGAUAUCUUCCGCAGAGAAGAUGUUCCGAAGCUGCAGGAGUACCUUAGAAAGCAUUCUCGGGAAUUCCGACACACAUACUGUUCUCGAGUUGUGAAGGUCAGUCACCCGAUUCACGACCAGACAUUUUACUUGACUUUUGAGCAAAAAAGGAAGCUCAAGGAGGAAUAUGGAAUUGAACCAUGGACCUUUGUGCAAGAACUUGACGAGGCCGUAUUCAUUCCAGCUGGUUGUCCUCACCAAGUGAGGAACCUAAAGUCGUGUAUAAAAGUGGCAGUUGAUUUUGUUUCACCUGAGAAUGUCCCGGAAUGCAUGCGCUUAGCUGAGGAGUUUCGUUUGCUUCCUCAGAACCACUGGGCUAAGGAAGAUAAAUUGGAGGUCAAGAAAAUGACCCUCUAUGCUAUUGAAAACGCUGUGGAUACGGUGAACAGCCGCGGCAAAAAUAGGUCAGAAGAGGAGGAGAGCACCAACAAAAACACCAAACCUGCUGGCAGGAAAAGAAAAUUGAAAAGAGGAAGUAAGGGUGGAAAAGAAGGGAUAGGAAGAGCGGAAAAGGAAAACCCUGCAAUGGGAACCGUCGUUGAGGAAGAGGGGGUUGAAGGAGCUGAACCUUGAUAUUAUUGCGCCACUUAAACGUAAUUAGUACUUGUAUCACGUGUAGUUCUUAAUGUCUCUACAUUGUUUCUCAGGCAGGUUUUUUUUAUGGCGACCACGGGUAGUUAUUGAUAUCAGGGAUGUUCAUUUUUUGGUGCGGCUUGUUCAAUUUUUUUGUUGUUGCUGCCUGAAAAUCAAGGCUCCCUGGUAGUAUCUGUUUCUGUUAAAAUACACUUAUGUCUUCUACUUGUAUAUUAGUCUGUAUCUUUUGUUACAUUCUAUUGAGGAUUCUUAUCUUUUGGUAAC